GUUCAGCCGUCAAGACACGCUCCCUCCCACCACGCCAGGGAUUGUUGAGAUUUUGCAGUUAACCAUGGAUAUAAUACUUGAAAAGAAAAUCAUUCUAACUGAGAUCCUGUCUGCUGAAACGGCCUUUAUCCUCCAACAUGUUCAGCAGAACAAACUCAUCACAGAUCGUGACUACAGUGCUCUUAAAAGCCUACCUCAAAACACUGAGACGAUGUCUGGUGAAGUGCUGGAUAAACUGAGAGACAAGGGGGAAGACACCUGUCAGAAGUUCAUAGUUUUGCUGAAGCAGCAGCGUGUGUUGGACCAAUAUCCAAGACUGAGAGAUGUUUUCUCAGAUCUCAGACAAGUUGAAGGUGCUGGGCCCAAGUCAUCUUCAGCAUCACCAGUGAAAGCCAGAGACAAAGUGAAAAAGAGUCGGAAGGAACUAAUUCAACGAAUUGGAGAUGCCACUCUGAAAAGUGUGCUGGAUGGUCUUCAAGAAGACUCACCUAACCAUCCUGUGAUUAUCCUGAGGGAGAGGAAUGAGGUUCUACAGAAUAACAGUGUGACCGAGGACCGGGUGACCUGCCUUGUAGACAUGGUGCAGAAGAAAGGUGAACGGGCCUGUGAGAUAUUUCUCUCUUUUCUGAGAGAACUUGAUCCGAACCUCUGCGACGAGCUUGGUUUGUAAACACCCCUGUGGUGUGUUAGAAUAGUUUAAUAGAUGACCCUUAACCCCAGUGGUGUGUUAGAGUAGUACUGUGAAGUGGUUGUGGGUGUCAUGGCCAGCAAGACUGAAGUUUAGCAACUGUCCUCUGUCAGACGAAGUGUUUAAAGUUCGGAGCGAACUCAUUAACAAAAUUGAAGAGCCCACUCUGAAAAUUCUGCCGGAGUUUAAUAGAUGACCUUUAACCCCAGUGGUAGUAGUAGUUUAAUAGAUGACCCUUAACCACAGUGGUGUAGUUUAAUAGAUGACCUUUAACUGACAGGGGGAAAUGUGGGGAAGUGGGAAAAGCAAAAUGAUUUAUUCUUUGUAAUGUUUGGGUAAUGACUGACGCUGGAACAUGUAAUUUUAUUUUAGAAAUGUUAUUGCCGUCAUCGAUUUUUUUGUGAUGAGCUUCUACUGUUUUAUUAUUUGAGCUUUUCCUCUUGCUUUUUGACUUCUGAUUGCUUGUGCCAUAUAGGAAUAGUUUAGGCAAAAAUGUCUGUCACUAUCCAGUCUUUCUGAAGACAGCAGAAACUAGUACCAGGUCUGUGUCUGUAGAUGAGUUAGACAGCAGAAAUUAGUACCAGGUCUGUGUCUGUAGAUGAGUUAGACAGCAGAGCGUCUCACAGCUGGGUACCUACUUUCUGGCUGCGCUAUGGAUACAAAUAAAGUUCUGUUCAUGAAGGAAAUUCAUGACACACUGAUUCCACCAUAUAGAAUGAUUAAUUAAUUUUCAUUUUUUAAAUUAGGAAAAUGAAUAUAUUUAUAUACUUUGAUACUUUUUUCAGAUUAUCACUUCAUAUGUCGAAACCAAUAACUUCUUCAUUAAAAAUAUUUGGUUUGUGGUUUAGGCUGCCUUGAGACAUCAAUGACCACUACUAAUUAUUG